GCAUUGUGGGGUAGGGGACUGUCCCUUCGACUUUUCGAUUUAAAAGCUUGGUCGAGCAAAUUUCAAACUUUUUAACUGAACACAAUGGACAUAGAACUAUGAAUCGUGGCUUUCGUUUAGAGGAGCAGCAUCCUCUAUUCCUUCGUGAUAGCUCUUUUGAGCCAAGUUUUGAAGUAGCAGCAACCGAAUUCAGGUAUCCAUCAGUCGAAGUUGAACCAAGGUCUGAGGGAUAUGAUGAGUAUUUUGAUCCACCUUUGGAAAGCAAGUAUGAGUGUCCUAUCUGUCUUUUGGGACUGCGAGAACCAGUGCAGACAAGCUGUGGUCACAGGUUCUGUAAAGGCUGUAUAGUUCGGUCCAUACGAGAUGCUGGUCCUAAAUGCCCCGUAGAUAAUGAGCGCUUAAGUGAAUCACAGCUUUAUCCAGACAACUUUGCAAAGCGGGAAAUGAUGGAUCAAGAUGUAUUCUGUCGUAUGAAAAAGCAACAUGGCUGUACUUGGAAGGGAAAGCUUGGCAAGUUGCAGGAGCAUUUGAAUGUUUGUGACUUUAUUGAUGUAAAGUGCCCUAAGAAGUGUGGAAGAGAAAUGCAGAGAAAGGAUCUUAAAGAACAUCUGGAGAAAGAAUGUCCCAACAGAACACUACCUUGCAAACACUGCAAAAAUGAGAUAAUGUGGAAUGAAUUGGAGGACCACUAUGGGAACUGUCCCAAAUUUCCUGUCAAGUGUGACAGCUGUAAGAAAGAAAACAUUCCAAGAGAAAGCCUGAAAGAACAUUUGGACAAGGAAUGUCCUGCUGUGAAAUUGAAAUGUCCUUUCUACAUUGUUGGAUGCUUAUAUGAGGGUCUGCGAAUAGCAGUCAUUGAACACGUUACUAAAGAGUUACCAAACCACGCAAUGGAGAUGGCCAAGAAACUUGGUGAGUUGGUGGAAACUGGGUCUGGCAGUCAUGACAUGGGGGGGCAGAGAAAUGCGAGUGGUACACAGCGACCGAGGGGUGGGGCGGAGGCUUUUCCUCGGGAGCAGGCGAGCCAAGAAGGAUAUUUACACGACUUGUCAAGCAGGACUCAGACUCAGCGAGAUGAGAUUGACGAAUUGAGGCGCAAGGUCGCUGAGAUGAGCAAUUUAAUACAUCACCUGGAGAGGCAGCUGGAGGAAACUCGUAUGAGACAGGAAAGGCCGAUCCAAGAGUUGACAUUAAGAUUCAACAGAUAUGAAACAAAAUUGUUAGAAGUUGAGGGGCGCUUAUGUAACGGAUCGUAUAUUUGGAAGAUAGACAACUUUCGACAGUGCCGCCAAGAUGCCGUCAAUGGGGUGAUGACAGCAAUCCACAGCCCAGCCUUCCACACUAGUCUCUACGGAUAUAAAUUAUGCAUGAGGAUCAACCUUAACGGUGUCGAUAGCGGUGUUGGAAAACACGUGGCUCUGUUUGUUCAUAUGAUGCAGGGUGAUUAUGACAGCAUUCUGGAAUGGCCUUUUACCGGAAGAAUUGCUCUGUCCAUUUUGGAUCAGUCUGAUGGCGCUGAAUACCGUCACCACAUCAGUGAGACCUUGGUGGCCAAGCCUAACCUGCUGGCUUUCCAAAGACCCACAGCCCCGCGUAACUAUAAAGGGUAUGGGUAUGUCGAGUUUGCACCAAUUGAUACUAUCCGUGAGCCGCAGUAUGUCAGAAAUAAUACCAUGCUCGUACGAAUUCAGAUUUUUCAUUAACUGUGCAGUAUUGUGCAAAAGUGAUGCAAACAAAUUUCAAUGAAUUUCUCUAUUUUCGCGCUCAAGUAUACGUGAAACAUUCAAUGACAUUUCCAGUUUUAUUAGACUGGACAUCUAAAAGUGACAUCUUUUUCUCCCUCGUGGGGCUGUACCUUGAUGUGGUGAGGGAGCUUGCGUACUCUUGCGAUCCGCAGAGCUGUGCCGGAGGGAGCCGUGUGCUCCCAUCAGGUGUAACCAUUCCGAAUUGGUCUGCGGUGAAGGGUCCGACAAAACAGCCCCUUUGUCUGUGGGGACAGGGGUUCUGUUUAGUCGUUUGGCACCACCCUCUAAAAUAUAGGUACCGGGUCACUUAAACCAAGCGGAGAUGCGUCAGACGUUAGUCUUGUAAACAAGCUUUACCUAAGAUGACCAACUCGUUUUGAUGGAAGGGUUAUCUUCCAGAAAAAACCUAAAUUUCUCGACAUCAGCACUGGAGUAGAACAUGACACGUAUUUCCAGCGAAGCUGGGACACUUCAUUCAUUGGAAUUCGUUUGCAUUCGGGUAUUCUAAGAUGAAAUCAUGAGCGGAAAGUAUCACAUUUAAGGUAGAUAACGACAGAAUCAUUUCACUUCAUUUUUGUGUAGUUUGCCCUACUUAAGCAUCAUAAAUUUUUUAGGGUGUGUUAAUUUACUUUCUUUUUUUGGAAGGAAGGUUUCUUUCCUUUUUUUUUGGCAAUUUUGCGUAUUGUACUUUAGAGUAUAAUUCGUUAGAAAAAUCCACAAGUCAGCUGCCUCACAUCGCAUAACCAUGAUUUCCAUUUCAGAAUGUCCCGAAUUAGUUGCUACAUUGUAAAACCCUCAAAUCUCUCGCAAUUUUCUCGGAUUUUAAAUAUGCAUAUAACUUUCAUUUGUAUAUUAUUGAGAUUGUACUGGACCCCAAUUUGAUAGUAAGGGAAAGUGAUGUGUGUAUGAGGCAACAGCUUGUUAAACAAUCUGUGGUAAAAUGAGAAAAUCUGAUGAGAGUAGUUGAGUUCAUUACGUUUACAGAGGAAAAGCGUUUCUUAAAAUUCGUGGAAGUUUCCUGAAAUUUCUUCCAACAAGGGGUUAACAGUAAUUUAGGAAAUGGGAGUUGGUGUCUGUAAAAACAAAAAGACAAACUAUCGCAUCUUAGGUGAGUUUUUAUGUGCAAAGUGUAUAAAAAUCGAAGUUAAAAAUCAAAAAAAACAAAAAAACCAAAAAAAAAAGAUAAAAAUUACUAAAACAUUAAAAAAGAGAACAAAUCAAUGGUUUAAAGAAAAUCAUUAACGCGACUACAUAGCAACAUCUAAUAGCAAUGUGGUUGCAGAGCGCAGGAUUAGCACGUUUUUAAAACAUUUGUGUCGUUGAGCUAGUUAUAUGGUAAAAAUGAUGGCUUUAAUUUUCUAUUUGUAUAUUUAUUCAUACCAUAGUUUAUACAUACUAGUGCUUAAACGCAACGCCCUGGUUGUAGAUGGAGACGAGAUUUGAAGGUUCUGUUACUAUUGGGCGGAGUAACUUUAAUUUAUUUAGAAAUUUGAAAGGGAAAAAUCAAUAGAUAGGAAAUUUGUAAACUGACAUGAUAUUUCUUACGAGGUUAUUAGAAACGUUUCAAAAUGGCGAAAGUUGGAUCACUCUUUUAUAAUUCUGUUAAGUACUAAGCCACUUAACAUGGCAAUAAAAGAAUAAUACAUUUUCCGUCAAUUUGGAAUAACAUGUUCCGAUUUAAUGUGACUUUCAAUUGAAUUAUUGGAAUUGAAUCCUGAUUCGUUUUUACAGACCCGUUAGGUUUGGUUGGGUUAACCCUGUUGUUGGAAAAAUUAUUCUGUAGCAAUACACUUUUGCAUAAUACGUCUUCCUCAUUGAAUGAAGAGAGGUGUUUUGUGGCAGCCUAAGUGUUAGGAUGCCAUUAAUGAUCUUCAUCUAGAGGUCAGCAGGCUUAUUAUGAUGAAGCAGCGGUUGUUGAAAUUUAAUGAUUUCCUUUCCUUGCUAAAUUCUACUAGUCUGUUGAUGCACAGAUAUUUAAUUGAAUUCGCACGGUUUAAGUUACAUGGAACCUUGAAUAACGACUAUGUAACAGAAAACAAUUUGAUAACGGUUUUUCGAUCCUCUAAUCUACGUAAACUAGAUUUCAAGUUACAAGAAUAGUUCUAACAUACUAUUGUGAUGAUAGUUACUAAUUUAUGAGUUGUUUACGGGAACUUAAGUACAAAGGUGGUAAACCUAAUGUAAUAGUAAGUUUAAACUAAGAGACAAGUGUUAUCUCAGUUUGUUACUCAUCAUUACAUAAAUAAUUAAAAGGGAUUUUUCAUACUGCA